GAUAAACAACACAUGUAAUGUCGUAUUUUGGAUUUUUAAACAUUUUCAUGAAACAUUAAGGUCCAAUCUGAUGCCACUGCAGUACGUUCGGCAGGUUGGGGCCCGAAAAUACCAUUAUUUUUCGGAUGAUAAUUUACAGCAUGCUUUAAAUGACAUUAGAAACAAUGAAUUAUCCUUAAGGGAAGCUGCAGCUAAGUAUGGUGUACCGAAGAGCACCCUUUCUCAUAAACUUACGGGAAAAAAUAUGAAGAAAUAUGGCCGCCCAUGUGUACUUUCAUUAGCUGAAGAAGAAACAUUAACUCACGUCUUACUCAAAACAGCAGAUCUGGGUUUUCCGAUGUCAGAAUAUGACACGAGACUGCUUGUCAAAAGUUACCUCGACAAGGCCGGCGUGAAAGAGCCUAGAUUCCAAAAUUACAUGCCUGGUGUUGACCCGGGUUGAAACAUUUCUAAAGAGGCAAUCCGAGCAGCUGAAAGUGAGGAUGAGUGAAAAUAUUAAGCGAGCCAGGACUGCUGUGGAUCAGGAGACAAUCAAAGAGUACUUUUCAGAGCUGGAGGUGACACUGAGGGACAUUCCCAGUGAAGCUAUCAUGAACUAUGAUGAGCCAAACUUGUGUGACGAUCCGGGAAGAAUGAAAGUUAUCGUUAGACGAACCUGCAAACACCCAGAACGUUCAGUAGACUCUUCCAAGUGUAGUGUGUCAACUGAAGUAUAAAUUAAAUGCAGUGAACUUUGUAUACAAACUUGAAAUGGAUGAAAGUAGCCCUGGAAAAGAUACUGCAAAGUCAGUUUCAGAUGCUUUAAUGGAAAAUGAAAAAUUUACCCAGAUGCAGGCAUAUUUGCCUCUUCUUGAAAUGAUGAUAAAUAUGCUGGAGGCAGAAGAAAGUGAAAACCAUAUUCCUCUGCAACUGAUGAAAAUUAGAUAUAUAAAAACCCUUAUACUGGAAAAGAAAUUGACAACAGUUGAUUCAUUACGAAAAUGUGAAGGCUUCAUGAGAAUUUAUUGGCAAAAAUAUCAGGGCCAGUUAGGAGAAAUUCCUGACAUGGUUUUUGAAGAUAAGUCUUCACAAUCCAAUUCCACAAAGAAAGAUCCUAAUAAUGUACCAGAUGUGCCACAUAAAAUUCCCAACAUGUGUGUGCAGGCUCCAGUAUUUCGGGGUGAUUGUAUGACUCAGCCAACAGCGAUGUUUAACAUGCAGCCGAAGAUGCCUGAGCCUUUGCUCCAAAGAAUAGAUUAUUGCCAUGGUAUACAACCACCUGUGCCAUACCCUCCGGAUAUAACACAUCCAGGGAGGUCUUUUCCUGUCAGCAAUGUCAAUCCUCAUGUGCCAAUGGUUACUCAGCGUCAGAUGUUUCAUCAGCAACACACCAACAAUAUUACUGUACCUAGGAGUAUGGAGAUUUCUGGAUACGUCAGGCCUAAUUUGCAUAAAGUUGUCCCCACUGGUCCUGCUUUCAACAACAGGCCUGUUGCACAAAAUAUUCAUGCACCAGUUUCAAAUAGACCCAAUUCAAAUCCUCAAGAAAAUUCACAUAAUGCAAGGAAGAAAGUUUUAAACAAUUGGAUGGAAGAUCCAAGAAAUGCCUCUAAACUGCCAUCACAGAUGUCAGGAAGAUCAAAGUAUUCACAAAGUUCUUGUAAAUUUCAGAGACCUCUUAAUAACACAUUUCAUAAUUCACAACACAAAAGUGGCGAUAAAUCAUCAGCUGACAGAAGAAAACAAGAUGAACAAAGAAGAAAUUAUUCAUCUGAAAAAUCAUCAAAUAAUGAUUCAAAAAAAUCUAGAGAACAUGAAAAGGAUUCUGCCAAGAGCAAAAAUGAAAGCCAUUCUGUGGCAAAAUGGGGUGCAAUUCCUAACUCUCCAGCCCCAAAUAAGAGUCUGUAUGGUGCGAUUAUAGUAUCCAAAGAUGGAAAGGGAAAAGACAAGCAUCAAAAAUUAAAAAUACCAAAGCUAAAAAAGACUGAAAGCUCAGAAUUAACUGUGGAUGAGAGUAAGAGUAGUUGUGAUAAAGGUGAGGAUGAUGUAACUCAUCGUCUUGAAAUGCUAUUUGAAAAAAAAUUAUCUGAUGAACUAAAGAAAAAAAUAUUGAAGGUGUUCACCAGCUCAAUCGGAAUAGAUCUUGAAGAAAUAGUUCGUGAUCCUAACAAGAAAACUGAAAACAAUGAAGUCAAGGGUAAGGAUGCUGGUACAGUGAGUAAAUGUGAAGCUAAGGAACUUCACAAAAAGAGUUCAAGCAUGAUAAAGACCGCCGAGAGAAAGGUAAAGAAAUUUGUUAUAAGUAGCUCUGAUGAAGACGUAAAAGAAGUUUCUGUUAAGGAGAGCACUAGUGAGAAAACAAGUGUUGCCCUUGAUCAAGCUGCAAGCAAGAAGAGUGAACUUAAGAAGCAACCAUUGGUAUUGAGUUCUUCUGAUAGCUCAUGUGAUGAAAAAACAGAAAGGUCUUUUGUGGGUAAACUAUCGAAACGAGUUGAAGGAAUUAAAAUGAAGCCAAAAAUCUCUAAAAAUAAGUUGGUGGAUCCAAACAUUUCCAAAACGAGUGAUGCUGUUGGGGUUGAUAAAGAAGUGAAACAAAGCAAUUCUGUAGAAAUUUGUAAAGAUGAUAGUAUAAAAGAAAACAUCAAGACUGCCUUAAGUAAAUUAUCUGAAGAGACAGAAAAUGCUGUUAAAGAUACGAAAAGAGUAAGAAGUUCAAGUGAGAGUAGUGUAGUAAAUAAAAAAUUAGAUUAUGCUGAAUGUGAGAUUGGAAGUGCAUCUACGUUAAAGAAAACCAAGAAAUCAAAGGGCAGUGUAAGAGAUACAAAUGGUGAUUGCUUAAAUGAAGAACCAGUUGAUUCGGCCAACAUUAAUGUGAAGAAAUCAAGUAAAGAUAAUGAAAAACCAAAUAAGAGGACUUCUGAUGCACUGGAUAUUAUUAAGAGUAGUGAGGAAUUAGUUGCAAAGAAAAGCAAAAUAUCAAAAACAGAUACCCAGGUAAUUAAAAAACCACAAGAAGUAGCUGAUGAUCUUUCACAGAAAGAUUCCAAAAAGAUGACUGAAAAGAAGCUACUGAAAAAAUCAGUAUUGGAUGCCACUGACAGUUCAGAUUAUGUUUAUGAAAGAUCUUCUAGCUUCAAUGAAAAAGUAGCUCUUCCAAAGAAGGCAGUUAGUAAAAUUACUGAAGGAAAAGAUAGCAGUGAUAGUUCGGCAGAAGAAUCAGUUGAUUCUUCAUACAGCAUUAAGACUCGAAGAAAGGGAAAUGUAAGGACUACGAGAAAUAGUCUCGAUAGUUCAGAAGGUGAAAUAACAGGAAAAUUACAUUCAAAGAUAUUAAAAAAGAAGUUAUUGGUGAGAAAGAAGAACAAAUCUCUAAUAGAUGAUAGUUCGGAAGAUGAGAGACUCGAAGAGGAAGAGAAAAAGAAACUGAAGAGAAAUAAACGUAUGAAUGGUCGACAUGCUGCAAUAACUGAAAAAUCUGGCUUAAAGCUUAGAAAGCUUGAAGAAAAUAAUUCAGAAGUUUCUGAUGGAAUUUCCUCAGUAAGGAGGUCUAAUCAUUCAAGUGGCUCUAAAGUCAGCAAAUCAGUUCUUGGAAGUAAGACUAAUCCUCUCAUAGAUGAUGAUAGUUCUGGUAAUGAAAUUAGUGAAAAUAAUAAUAGAGCACAUGCUUUACUUUCAAAGCACUCGAAAAAGUCAAGUUUGCCAAUUUCUGAUGAAGAUAUUGGUGAAAAUGAACCAGAUGGAACCAGACAUAGAAUAGCUAAUAAAAUAUCUAAGAAGCACGUUAUUGAGUCGGAAUCAGAUGAUAGUGGUGAUUACAGGUUUUCAGGUAGAUCUAAAAAACUGAGUGGCAAAGAAAAUAAAACCUUGUCAGAAAAUAAAGAGCUUAAACAAAAUAAAAAGAAUGCAAGAAGGAGAAAUGCUCUUGAAAUGCUCCAAGAUGAUAUUAGGGAAAACAUAGGUAAUGAAGUUGCUUUGGUAUUUGGACAAAGAAAUUGUAAAUUAAAAUCACAAUGUGAUAGAAGUGAUGAUGUGGUAGAAGUGGAAGAAGAAAAAAGAAGAGUUAGCAAGAAAAAACAAACAAGCAGUAGAAAUGAUUCAAGAAAGUUAUCUGUGUCCAUAAAAAAUUCAUCAGAAGAAAGUGAUUCUGAUGAUUGUAACAGUGAAUUAGAAAAACAUAAUUUGUUGAAAUGUGGGGAAAAUAUCACUAAAGUUAAAAUUUCAAAAGGAAAAGAAUAUAAUAAAUUCACAUCUAAAAAGCUGAGGAUUUUAGCAAGAAGACCAUACAAGAAAACAAGUCAAGGAAUUGCUUUUUCACAGUUGAACUUCACAGAUUCUUUCUAUUUCUGUAAAAAUAAGCCAGGGAAGCCAAAAAAUUCAAGAAUUAAUUUGCAAGAUGUGAAUGGCAAGUUGUGGAGUAGAGUGUUCAAGCUUGGAAUGAAUUUCCAAAUGGAUUCAGAUGCAAAUGACAUACCAAAUUCAGAGGAGAAAGUUAACAAAUUUGAAAACAAUAAAUCAAUUGUUACACAUGGUAGUGAAAUGAUAUCAGAAGUGAAAGAAACAAUUUCCAUAAGUAAUACAGACUCAAAAACAGCACUGGGAGUUGUAACAGUUGGUAAAGUAAAGAGUAACUUAGAAAGUAGUUCAGACUCUUCUAAAGCAGAAUCAAGUGCUGAAACAAUUGAAAAAGGGAAUAGCGGUGAGGAAAGUAAUAAAGACUGUUCUAGAGCAGAAUCAGCUAUAGUAACAAUUGAUAGAGUGAAUAGAAAUGUGGAAAAUUCUGCAGAAUCUCAAGACAAGCUUCCUGAUCUAAAAGUGUCUAAAGAAAGUUCAAGUUUACACAAUAAAAAUGAAAAUGAUAAUUGCCUAACAGAGGAGAAGGAAAAAAAAUUGGUUGAAUGUGAACCACAACAGGACGGCUCAGUCCAUGCAGAUCAGUUGGAUGAAUCCGAGGAAGUGAGGGAUGAUUCUGUAGAAGGGGAAUCUCCCGAUGGCAAUUCAUGUUUAUUGAAUUUGGUUGAUGAAUGUGAUGAUACGGAUAGUAACAUAUCUGUAUGUGAUGAUUCAGAUGCCAGUGAGAAGGGAUCAGAAAUUUCACUGCUGGAAGGUGAAAGACUUGUUAAGAAGUGUGCAUCAAAGAAAUCCAAACUUGGGAGGAUGACAAGAGUUAAGAGGAAGAAAAAGUCAGUAACAGGCAGAAUGGUGUGUUUAAGAAAAAGGUCAAAAUAAGCAAACAAUCAAAUGAAUUGGCAAAUGUUUAUCAAGAGCGUGCGGUUGAGUCACCGGCUUUGACGAAAGAAAAAUCACUUGACGAAAAAGUUGACAAUGAUGAUUUGGCAGAUCCUUCAUAUACAAUUGACGGGCGAGCCAAGUAUGACUGCAAAUAUUGUAAUUUUUCUGGUGUAAAAAUUGUUUCGCAUUACAAACAAAGCCAUCCAGGUAAAGAGGUUUGUAUUUCACGCAUUUCAAAUACUCUAGCACUAAAGGCAAAAAGUGAGUCUCUAAAUGAUGUUAAUCAAGAACAGGAUGAGGAGGCAACAGAAAACACUAAUGUUAGAAGACUGAAGAGAACUUUUGUUUGUCGAAUUUGCCAUCAGUUUUCAGAGUAUAUUAUGGAUUUUUACUAUCACCUUACAACUCACACAGGUGAGUAUGACUUUGAAUGUGACUCAUGUUCAUAUUGUAGUAGCAAUAUUUUAGGUGUUAGAAAUCAUAAUUUACUGCAUCACAAUGGGUUUUCAAGGACGGUAGCUUUAAAUAGGGGCCCUUCACAUAUUGCAAAAUUUAUGUAUGGCUAUUUGUGUUCAGUCUGUAACUUUCUUCAGCUUUUAAAAGAAAAUGUUGAGAAACAUAUGGCUUUGCGGCAUCAGAAAGAUGAGAGUGCUAAAAUUUUUCGUAUCAACAUGUCCAUUCCUCUUGAAGAAAGCACCAAAGAAGUUACGUCUGGAAAUAAGUGUUCGUCCGAUACCCUCAGGAUUGCAGAUGAGCAGGAAAGUCACAAUGAAACACACAACAAAUCAAUCGAAGAUGUUGCUGAAGACUCUGUUAAUAAUGUUAGUACAAACAUGGAAAAGCCCAUAUCAGGAAGUCAGUCCAAGAGGAUAACAUCCGAGAAUGUUCCUGCUUCUAUGAAUCCAGUGGUGGUUUUGAAAGAUACUAAACGUUUAAUUAAGAAAGGAAGAAACAGUUCUGGUCCUAAAGCAGUGGACGCAGUGACAGAGCAUGUAUCUCAAGAUGAAGGCUCAGUAGAUGAAAGGAACGCAGCCAGGGAAGAGAAUGCAAUGGAAGAAGAUGAUAUUGCAGAUGAUGCAAGCAAGGCUGAAGUGUGCGAAAACCAAACUGAUCUGAAUGAUGUGCAAAAGUUACCAAGUGAGAUGACUGUCAAUCAAGUAACAACUGCAGAAAGUUCUGCAAAAAGUGUAGAUGUAUCUGCUGACUCUAAUUCCAAUUCAAAUGAAAGUUUUGAUGCGGAAACAUCGUCUACUGCACGUGCAGAGGAUUUUAUUACCGAAGUGGCUGAAACUCCCCAGCAACCUGUAGAUGAGGCAACAAGUGUUAACUCAGAUUCAGCAGAAAAUCCGGGACCACAGGAAGAUACAAACAUUUCAUCUCAAGCUGUUGAGAGUGAGUUGCAAGAUAGCUGUGUAUCGGCUACAGCAGUGGAAGGCGUUGCUCCUGAUACUAACAGGGCAGUUACCGACAAGGACAGUACAGAAAAGGUUGGGCAGUUUCUGGGAAUGGAUGUAAUUGCUCCAGGGAAAACUGGUGAUAAAUCACCAGAAAUAAGAGAGACUGUUCCAUUCAAGCGUAGUAGCUCACUACUGGAAAGAAUUGAAUUCUUGUGUGCCCAGAGCAAUGCAAGUGAAAAACAAAUUGAAGCCAACCCUGUGAACAAACUUGCCAAGACAGACUCAAGCAAAGCAAAGAAAAAAUUGGCUGAAAAUGCAGAGAGGUCUAGUAUUACCACAAGAGCUUCUACCACGGCACAGAAACAAGUGUCUUGUUUAGAAAAUUCUGACGUAAGUAGAGUUGCAGUUGAAAAUGAUGGAGCAUUAAUAAGAUACUCCUUAAGUGCAAAACCAGUUUCAUCUGCGUAUUUGGAAUCUGUUGUCCCUAGUGAAAGAAAUGAUAGUGUCUCAAGAGAUCAUCCGAGAGCAGAUACAAGUGAUAACCUUGCAGAUAAUUCAGAAUCAGCAACUGCCAAUCCACCUGAACAUAAUUAUCAGGCUGUAGUUUCACCUUUGUUAGGCAUGGAUACUAUAGCUAUAAAGCAAGACAACUUAGAGCCCGGAGACAUUGGAACAGAGGGAUCGGAUUCUGGCGGACUGGAGCUGUACGAUAUUACUAGCAUGCCGGAUCCAUCAGUUUCGUCCAUAUGCAUCGGUCCGAUGGAAGCGAAGAACGAAGGGGGAAGGAUACUGUUCUGUUGCCGCAUCAGCGGGUGCCAUUUCCAGUGUUCUCAAGUGGUCAAGUUUGCGUGCCACUACAACACGGAGCACGACAAGGCCUGGGACGGCUUCUGUGUGUUGUGCGGCGAAGUCAUCGACGGCAUAGCGCCUUACUGUCUGGAGCAAGCAGUGGAGCAUCUUCUUUCGUUCCACCUCACCUCCAAGCUGAAGCAAAAGAAUCUCUCCGGCAAGGGUAAGGCGAAGACGAGGCGCCCGUCUGCCACGCAAAGAACGAACAAAGUCGUAAGAAGCAGCUGCGCCGAUAGCACGACGGCCGGUGUCACCACGACCACGGCCUCUUCGGUCGUCGCGACCAGCGCCUGUGUCACGGCCAGCAACGUGACGUAUCCCAGCAGCAGUCCCUCCACUAGUGCUACCGCCGUCCCGGCGACCGGCGGCAGUAGUUUUGCCGACACCCAAGCAGUUGCGGACUUGCUCAAGAACGCGGUGCUGAUAAAGAACGAGCCCCUCGAUGCCGAAGAAGCGGGGGUGAGAGAUGACGAAGCGAGGGUGAGAGACGACGAAGCGAGGGAAGCGAGGGUGGGAGGCGACGGUGACGAAGGGCGGGAACCUGAGAGAGAGUCCCCGGUGAAGAGCCCCGGAGUCCAGGCGCCGGACGCGAGGCCGAGGAUCCGUGUGCGGAGGAUCAGCGGGGACCGGCUGUCCGUGCGCACGGAGGAGGCCCAGGAGCCCCCGGCGGGCCCCACUGUGAGCCCCGAGGAAGUGCAGCCCAAGGUGGAGCGGACCGACGACGGAGAAUAUGAGCAGCCUGCUGCCGUAGACAAGGAUGUAUCUAGUGACGUUGCAUCGAAACCAUCUUCCGCAUUGUGGCCUGAACUGAGCCCGGCCGUGUGCGACGAGAGUGUUCUGGAGAAUAGCACCGGCCGCUGUUCCCCCGUGUUGUGGGGCGAGGGAGGUAAGACGGUGUCCCCUUCUCGUCUCUGCUACAAGCUGGUGUGGCCAGCUCAUGAGUUACGAGGUGGAGAAGCAAGUAAUUCUUUCCCCUCGAUAAGAAUAGUGAGUGUUGUUAGUCUCAACCCUGAGGCGAACAAACAAGACGACAGCGCCGCGGGGUCUCGCAGCCCCUCUGGGGGUGGCGUCACCAAGAAGCCGUGCUCGCGGCUGGUGGCGCUCGGCAGCACGCCGCAGAGUGCCGUGCGCCCCAAGGUCAAGGCGCCGGCCAGGCAGCCGCAGCCGAGCGUCAGCCCGAGCCGCGUGGCCGUGAUCAAGCCGCUGGGCAGCGAGGCGCGGCGCAAGGACGCGGCCCCCGCGCAGAAGACCACGACCGCCCAGCGCUCGGUGAAGAGCUCCAAGAGCCCGGACGCGUACCGCGCCAUGCUGGAGCCGGCGAGGCUGCAGCGGCUGUUCAAGUGCAUGCACCCGACGUGCGAGUUCGCGACGGGCGCGGAGGCGCGGUUCGUGGCGCACGCCCGCGUGCACGAGCGCGCGCUGGGCCCCGCGGCCAGGGCGCGGCUGCAGGACUGGAACCGCUGCGCCUACUGCUGCGAGGCGUGUGCGACGGCCGGCGAGCUGGUGGCCCACGUGGUGCGCGAGCACGGCUACUGCCUGUACCAGUGCGCGUACUGCUUCUUCCGCGCCAUGUCGCCCACCUACGUGCUGCUGCACCAGAAGUCGAGCCACGUCCGGGAGGCGGUCGCCAUCAUCAUCGACCAGAGGCGGCGGAAGAUGCCCGAGCUCAAAGACUUCCCCGACAAGAGAGAGAACAGGAAGAGCGUGGUGCUGCCUUACGUCUGCGCACAAGGGACGUGCGGGGCCAGGUUCUACCCGUGCGAGGACUACCUCACGCACUUGAAGACGGUGCACACUCAGGUCACCAUCUACUCCUGCCACCUGUGCGAGUGCAAGAGCAUGAAGCCCGACGCGCUCCUCUCGCACUACAAGUGGCACAGCCUGAACCAGUACCAGUGCAUGUACUGCCUGCACGGCGCGGACUCCGCCAUCGACAUGAAGCACCACCUGUGCACCUUCCACUCGGACCAGCCCAACCGCGCCAUCAUCCGCAUAUUCCAGGACUACACGCACCACUCGCACCGGCAAGUGGAGGACCUGCUCACCAUCGACCUGGACGAGGGCAUGGACUACACCAACCUGUUCGUGCAGUGCGCGGACGACGAGGAGGACCGCGGCGACGUCCCUCCCCCCGCGCCCGCCCCCGCGCCCGCGAAGCCCCCCAUCAACCUGGAGGGCCACGACCUGUUCCACUGCUGCAACAAGGGCUGCAUCCACACGGCGGGCACGUUGCACGAGCUGCGCGACCACCUCUCCGUGUGCGACUCUGCGCGGGAGUCGGCGGUGCUGGAGUGCGCGCACUGCGGCAAGCGCCUGAAGGCCAUCGCGUCGCUGGUGGAGCACCUGCAGAGCCACGGCUUCAAGGCGACGGUGAGCGCCGUGGUGGAGCGCCACUGCCGGCAGCUGCACCGGUACCCCGCCACGCGCGUGGAGCCCGUGAACGCAGACUCCAUGUGGUUCGUCGUGCGUCCUCGGGACAAGCGGCGGGCGGCGAAGGGCGCCAAGGGCCCCGAGAAGAAGUCCUACGAGCCCAAGGACAUCCACAAGCUGCCGGACAAGGACAUCUUCAAGGAGCAGGUGUCGUGCAGCAUGUGCUCGUUCGCGACCAAGGUGCGCGUGAACAUGGUGCGCCACCUGGAGAUGCACGAGGCGGAGAAGCGCUCCGCCGGCAGUGCCGUGCGCUCCAGCUGCCCGGUGAACCCCGUGCCGUGCCUGAACCGCGCGGAGAUGAUGUUCGACAAGAUGGAGAACCUGGCGGCCAGCUCCCAGGCCAUGCUGGGCGCGGACAGCCACCCGGGCUUCGUGCCGGAGCGGUUCCGCUACGUGUGCGGCGCGCCGGGCUGCCACUACAUGGGCUGCGAUGAGGACAUGCUGCGGAUGCACGUGCGCACGCUGCACGCCGGCGAGACGGACUACGUGUGCACGCACUGCGGGCGGGCGGUGGGCGUGGGCGCGGACCUGGCGGGCGUGCUGGAGCACCUGCGCAUGCACGGCGGCCGGCUGUACCGCUGCACGUACUGCGCCUUCUCGCACUACACGGUGGCGCAGGUGGAGCAGCACAGCGCGGCGCGGCACCCCGACCAGCCCGUGCUGCCCGUCAUCAUCCGCAAGGUCGUCGACUGAGGCCUGGAAUCGAAUGGCAGCUUCAUUAUUCCACGGUGGGACCGCGAACGUUCCACUCCAGCGUGAUGUGCAGUGAUGUGUUUUUUAAAAAAAAUUGGAAAAUGAAAUGGUUCUGAAUAAAAACAAGUUUUCUUUUU